CCCGGAGGAGGAGGAAGUGGAGGCGGCUGUGAAUAGCGGGCAAAUGGGGAGCUGAGCGGCUGCAGCAACAGCAGUAGCACCGCGGCCGCGCAGCAGCAGCAGCAGCGGCGGGCGGGCACGGAGGCGAGCUCGGCGGCGGGCCGUCGUUUGGCAGGCGCCGAGUGCGAGCGGCAGCCGCGCUGCCCCGCCGCCCCGGACUGGUCGCCUGCUCGCGGGGCGGCACCAUGCAGACCUUCCUGAAGGGGAAGCGGGUGGGAUACUGGCUGAGCGAGAAGAAGAUCAGGAAACUGAAUUUCCAGGCCUUCGCCGAGCUGUGCCGGAAAAGAGGUGUAGAAGUAGUGCAGCUUGACCUCACCAAACCCAUUGAAGAUCAGGGCCCUUUGGAUGUGAUCAUACAUAAACUGACAGAUGUAAUCCUUGAAGCAGACCAGAAUGACAGCCAGUCACUAGAGUUGGUUCACAGGUUCCAGGAGUACAUUGAUGCUCAUCCAGAAACCAUUAUCCUAGACCCUCUGCCGGCUAUUCGUACACUUCUGGAUCGAUCCAAGUCUUAUGAGCUAAUUCGGCGAAUAGAGGCAUACAUGCAAGAUGAGAGGAUCUGUUCACCACCCUUUAUGGAGCUGACAAGUGCCUGUGGAGAAGAUACCUUGAAGCUUAUAGAGAAGAAUGGACUGGCAUUCCCAUUCAUUUGUAAAACCAGAGUGGCCCAUGGAACCAACUCUCAUGAGAUGGCGAUCAUCUUCAACCAGGAAGGUCUCAAAGCUGUUCGCCCCCCUUGUGUCAUUCAGAGCUUCAUCAAUCACAAUGCUGUGCUCUAUAAAGUUUUUGUGGUCGGGGAAUCUUACACUGUGGUGAAAAGACCGUCUUUAAAGAACUUCUCUGCAGGCAUCUCAGACAGAGAAUCAAUAUUUUUCAACAGUCACAAUGUUUCCAAACCAGAGUCCUCAUCUGUCCUAACAGCGGCUGAGGUCUGUUUGGUACCACGAACCAGCAUGACUGUGUCCCCCUCUGGUUUUCCUUACCGAGCUCCGCUGGAUAAAAUCGAAGGAGUAUUUGAGCGGCCAAAUGACGACGUCAUCCGGGAAAUCUCUAAAGCGCUGCGGCAAGCUCUGGGAGUUUCCCUCUUUGGAAUUGAUAUCAUCAUUAACAACCAGACUGGGCAGCAUGCAGUAAUUGAUAUAAAUGCAUUCCCAGGUUAUGAGGGUGUUUCUGAAUUUUUCACAGAUCUGCUGAACCACAUAGCUGCUGUCCUGCAGGGUCAGGUACCUGAGGUGACCCAGCUAAACCACAGCAAGCUCCUGGCAGAGCAGAGCGGUGGGAUCAUGGACGAGCGGAUAUGCUGUGCUAGCACAGGCUGUCUCAGCGUCAUGGGAAAAGACUCCUCCUGGAUUGUGGAGAGCGAGAGCAGCAGCUCAGUAAAACUGCAACACCAGAGACUAGGCUGCAACUCAGCAGUGUCCCCCAGCUUCCAGCAGCACUGCGUUGCUACGUUGGCAACAAAAGCUUCUUCUCAAUAACUUGCCAGUGCCAUGGACUGAGAAAAAGCCCCAGGGAUACAAAUUGUGGUCCCAGAACCAGAUCAGGCUUUAACAAUACAAUUGACAAAAAAAUGGAAAAAAAAACCCAACAUAAAACACAACACAAAAAAGCAAAAUAAAAGAACUUUCCAUUUGAUUUAGCCUAAUUUGCUGAUGAAACGGACUGAAAGGGGAAGAGCGAGAAAGUGAUCCAAAUCCAUUUCAUCAGAUUCCAAUUGCAAAUCUGUAGUGAGUUUACACACACAUGUGUUUUAACACUAGUCCUUUCAUUGUGGGAGGGUUGCUCUUUCAUUUCUAUUGUUCUUUGUAAUCACUGGUGACCAGCAUUUUAAAAUCGGACCUCAUGGUAUCAAGAAGAUAAUAAUGUUGAAAUGCAGUGUCUGAAUGUAACAGUGCUAGAGAUUUUUGCCUGCAAAACUCCCCGUUCCUCUUUUUUCCAGGUAGGCCUUUGCAUAAGAAAGCUAGGACAACUUCAGUAUCACUAAACCAAAUCUCUUGAAAUGUUGACCAGGCAUGAUGUUGGCAGGUAGCUUUCUGUGAAGCCACUGCACUUUGAGUAGGACAGAGCAGCCUGCUUAUUCAGGGCACAGAACCGAGGUGACCACCCCUGUUCCAGCUUUGCAGUUCUCCCCCCUGGCCUCAUUGCUUCACUCAGAUCGAUUUCUAACCACACUUGCAAACAGCAACACGUUUCACCCAGAGAGGGUGCUACUAUUUAGGUUGAGUCAUUUAGUAGAUUAAAUAACAUACUUUCAAUUGUCUGCUAGUGCUGAAAUCUUAGAAUAGUUAAUGGAAGCAGCUUGUCUCUUCGCAGGGAGUUUAAUUCUCCCUCCACUGCACUUGUGAGGACUCUGGGACAGGUCUGGGAAAAGGCUGGCAGAUCUGUGCUUUUUCCUUGGAGCAGCACACCUGAUCUGUGUAUCCUGGGAGGUAACACAGUCGCUGCCUUCCACAGAUCCAUGUCGUUGUGCAUUUUUUUCUGUAAAAUAUAAACAAAAUUGUGUACCUUCAUAUAAGGUAAAAAUACAGGACACCCCGUUACUUUGGAGACCCCGUUACUUUGUUGCAAGCUGCCAGGCGAGGCCAUAUGGUAAUUUACAACAGUGCUGUAUACUAUUUGUAAAUUAAAGCACAGCCAAUUUGUAUCUCUUGAGAUAUCUUCUAGUAUGGCAGCAUCUUCUGCUGUUGAGAAUUCCUGCAACUUUUGCUAGUUCUGAACACUAUAUUGGAAAAAUCCAAGUGCUAAGAACAGAAACACUAUUUUGGUAGAAGUGGCCUUCUCUUCCCCUUAUUAGCCCUAAAAUACAUUUAAGAAGGGUGAUGUUAAGAAAAUUUCCUUAUUUAAGCUCCUAGCUUGCAAAUAUAGGAAUUUCUAUAGCACAUGUUCAUAAAGCAUCUGUCACUGCAGCAUUUAAUACCAGUUUGGUUACUAUCAUGUGUUAGAUGGCUACUCAGAAGGAAAGGGUCUAGAACUUAAAGCCCAGGUAGAUCAUGGAGAGAGGAUUAAACUGUGUAAAAGAUGUCACCAUCCUACCUGAUGGUACCAGUCCUAGAGGGGAAAAAGUUUUGAAGAGUGUUAUGUAGCAGUUCUUUUAUGUAAACAAUGCUUUUUCCAUGGGAGAGAUUGGUCAUCUUCCAAAAUUACAUUCUUGGGAAUUUCCUGUAGCCAGGAUUGAAUUUUUCAGGAUGAUUUACACAAUAGAAGAUGAUUCCACCUCUAGAGGGAUUACAAACUUGAAAAUAUUUCUAUGAAGAACCUUCUGAGUAUGGUAUCAGUCAGAUCCCAGGGUGCACAUAAGCACAGCCAACUUCCUCAAGUGUUGCAGAUCAGUUCUGAGCUGGGCACACUUCACAACCCUUGUAUGCUUUGAGGCUGCUGGAUCCCGUGUUGUCUGCAGCUUGCAGGUCUCGGAUGGCUGUGGUGUGAGUGAGUGAGAUGUACAUAGGUAAGGGUUUAUAAAAGUAUUCGUGGUAGACCAAACCUUUCAUAAAGCCAUGACUAAAAUAAAAUUGACAUCUACAGUUUGGGGUUUGUUGUUUUGGUUUUUUUGUUUGGUUUUUUUUUGGGUUGGUUUUUUUUUUUUUUUUUUGGUUUAAAAUAAAAAGUGUUUUUAUGUUACAUGUGUAACAAAAGAUGCCCUCAGGAAGGAACUUGCCAGUGCAUAUUUUUGUAUGGUACUUUCUUGUAACCGGCUGGUGGAGUGUUUGUAGACUUGCCUAUUGCUCCCUUUAUUACAAUGGCUUGGGCUUUUUUUGGUUUUUUGGGUUUUGUUUCUUUAUCGGGUGGUGGGGAUGAAGCAAUGAUGUUAGAACUGGGUUACUAACUCAAGACCUUUCAAACUAAGUAUGUUUACAUGAAUCUGAGUGUUGGAUCCAAUGGAAAUGUCUGUAUGCUGUUUCCUAGUUAGAACAUCAAAUAAGAAUUUUAUUUUCCUGGCUGCCUUCUGAAUUUUGGUUGGCCUAUUUUGCACUGCUUUUUUCCUCCAAAAUAAACUACUGAAAUAUAAUUGUGCAUUUUAAACUUGUUUACAAAUGAUUGUUAGAAGUUUAUUUUGUAAUUCUCUGAAUGCUUGCAGAAAUACUAUAUUUAAAUAUUACUCCAGACCUUGGCAGUAACUAGAAAACAAGUUUAGGUCAUUGGUGUGAUCAGUGACAUUUUUCCCAUAGUCUGUAAUUUAUUUUUUAUUUAUCGAAUGUAUCAGUAUCACUUUAAUUUACCAGGUGCAGUUGUGCAGGUACCUGUUGUGAUGUGGCAUUACAAUAGAGUUUUGACAUAAAUUACCAUGCAUUUGCUGUACUACUAUAUUUCCUUGCAGAAAUUAAGGUAAUGGCUUGUGUACGAGAACGUUGCUAAAUCACAGGGGCAAAUUGGGAGACCAAUUUGUAAAAGCCAAAACUGUAAAUUACUGAGUAUCCAGACAUACAAUUACGUUCUUGCAAAACAUUUGAGCAUGAGUAUGUUAUUAAGCUUGUGCUAAAGUGCUUUUCUGAAUUGCUGCCUCAUUUGGUAAGUUCAGGAUAGUUUUGAUUUAAGAUAAGUUUUGCAGUAAGUUUGUUAAUAUUCUGUAGUCUUGUCUUUCUUUGUAAAAGUAGAGGAGUGUAGUAAUAUUAGAUCAUACCAGAAUGCCCUUGCUCUUAAAAUUGCAGACAAUCUGAGGAGAUUUUCCAUAAUGUCUAUCUGAAUUCUUUUUAUUGUGGCUAGAAAAAGGUUCUCCUGUGUUUUCAGAGGCAUAGCUGUUACUGCUGUGCUGAUGAGAGCAAUUAUAUUAAAAUUACAUGGUCACCAGUUAGCUUUUUAGGGAUUUAUUACUGUUCUGUUUCACUGUUUGAAAUCCACAAGAAUACCAUUAACUUGACUGGAAUUUCUCCAGGUUUUGUGUCAGCAUGGUGGAGAUGAGACUCCGGUUUCCACUCUAACUAUGUAAUUAGCUUCAGCAGGUGAAGGUCGUUCCCUGUUGAAGCGUACUUGAGUGGUAUUACUGCUGCCUGUGAUGUAAAGUCACCCUCUUCCCCCUCUGCCUGACUUGGCCACUUGUGCCUGACUUUGUGGCCUGUGCCAGAAUAUCCUGAUAAUUAUGUGAAAGCCAACUGCAGAAAUGCAAACAAACCAUCAGCAUCAGUGCUAGCACCUGUGGUUUGUGUAAUGCAGAACCACUGGGGCAGUGCUGUUUUGCCUUUGGUUGAAGUGUUUGGCUGUACAACCCUUGUGCUGAGGAGCUGAUCAACUGGGCUGGUCAGUAGGUAGGAUAAAUUCAUUAUUACUAUGAAGACUGUUGUCAUGUUAAAGCUUUUUAAAGAUCUCCAUCAUCAGUGUGGGAAUGUGUCUGCAACAGGUUGCACAGACAGAAAUCUACCAGUUUAAUUUGUUCUCAUUGUAGAUUAUUACAAGCUAAGAACCCAACCCAGAGGCAUCAGGAGAUAAUGAGAAUUGCUCAAGAUAAAGCCUCAAGUUUUCUAGAUGAACUGUGAGCAGUAUCCAGCCAGGGAACAGCCAGGUGGAGUAGUGGCUAGAUAAUAGAGGCAGAAUACAGUCUAAAGGCAACAGAAUAAAUGGGGCCAGAGGUGUUGCCUGGCAAAAAAAAAGAGCAAAACAGGAAAAAUGUUCCUGUUUUUUCAUCCAAUUAAAAAAUCCAGACUUCUCAGUUCUUAGACUAACACUGAUUUCCUCAAGUCUUUGCAUGGCAGCAGUGACAAGUGAUUCAGGCUUUUCCACACUAGCUUGUAGCCUUGCCUUCCACAGCUGUGCAGAAAAUCUUGGAUUUUGGGUUUUUUAGUGAACAGAGUCUGAGUUUGUAGCAGUCUCCCCAUGCACACACUUGUGGGAGUUCACUUGCAUUACCCUGCUAAUUUUUCCCCCCUCUCUCCUUUUUAGUAAGAGAUGUAUUGAUUUCUGUAUUCAGUAUACAAUUACUUUAUGGUGUGUGUUUUGUAAUUAGGAAUAUGUGAAAAUGAUUUGUGUAGACUAAAAUAUUUCCUUUAAUAUAAUCUCCUCUUGCUUUCAUAGAAAAAUGGACAUGCCAUUGCACAUCACAUUGCUGAUUUUAUUUGUAAUAUUGCUUUAAUAUCUAUUUCAGAGGAAUGUAACCUCCAGAAAAGUACUUUCCACUCUUUACUACCUUUCCUUUCACUGUUCACCUUAUGUGGAUCCAGGCCAUCAACACUUGAGCUUUCAACUGGAUGGGUUUCAUGGAUUCUGUCACAUUUACAUGGCCACAAAAGUUACUUGAGAUGGUUGAAGUUUGGGAGGAUCCAGACAUAAAUGGAGAUGUUGGAGUGAUUCCUCAGCAACACAAGCACAGUAGCAUUUGUAGCAAGCAAAAGAAAUUGUUUUUGCUCUUGUGUGUGCAGGUGGCUCUUGGGGUCUGGUCCACCCUGCUCUUGGAGCAGCUUUCCUGUGGAAAUAACAAAAUCCAUUGAGAGAAAAAAUAUCCUUUAUCUGUGAUGCAGAAGGAAAGUAGGGCUUGGGAGUAAAAUCCUGGCCAGUGGACAUCAAGAUACAAGUUGUCCAGAAUUUCACUCUGUGGUUUUUAAUAGCAAUCUGGGGUGAUGUUUUCUUCCUCUCCAUGAUUCUUACCCUGAAUCCACUGGGGCUGAUGAUAGCAGAUGUCUGUGGCCCACAUGAACUCAUUAGCAGGUGACCUUACCCAGCAUGUCAUGAGUUUGCAGAGGGCUCCCGAUGUGUUGGGAAGUUUUUGUUGAUGGCCAGGAAAUCUCUUGAAACUCCAAAAAUAGCUGAAACAGCAAAUGGGGUUCAUGAAAAUCAGGUCUUCCUCUUCCAGCAUUUUUAAAGAAACUCACAUUUUAUUUCCUCCUUCAUUCUUGACACAGUAGUUUUAGAUAUAAAUUAUUUUAACUUUUUUUUUGUGUGAAAAGUCAUAUAUACAUAUAUAAAGUUAUUAAGUGUUGAGAAUAUGUUGAGUAUAAAAUAGUGACUUCUUUGUUUCAGAUGUUAGCAGCCCCUAAAAAUGAGUUGUUUAUCCUCUUGUAAAGUCAGUGCUGUAAAAAAAUAUUAAAAAAUAAAAGAUGUGUUAGGUGUAUCUUUUAUUAUUUAUUUCUGAUUCAGUAUUUGAUACAGCUUGUGUAUACCCUUGUGACAACCACAUACUAAAAACACUGUCGUUCUUAAAAUGGAGUAACAACAAUUCCGUGGGAUCCCAGCAGUUGUGAGAGAAUUGGCCCUCUGGGUGUGAGUAGUGUUGGAUAUUGUCCUGAAGUCUCCAGCACUGCUCCCCACCCAAGCACGGCUGAAUCUCGGGGACCAUUGUGUGCGUGUGCUCAUUUCGCAAGUUCAUUGGUAUCUGUGUUCAAAUCCAGCUGUACAGUGUUAACAAGUGUGUCAUGUGAUUCGCUUCAGCCUGGUUCACUAUGACUUCUGAAACAUAAUUCCCAUUUUGUACUUAAAUUUGUAUAGAAUUAUAUCAACCCUUAAAAGAUCAUGGCUUACUGUAAAACCCAAAAUACUUGCUAUUUGGCAUCUUCAAUUGCAUGACUGAUCAGAUCAGACAAUGGAGAUGGUGCUUUCAUCUAACAGCAUUCAUUUCAAUGGUAAUGUAUUAAUUUUCUUUUUUUUUGCCAAGCAUCUGUUUUGGACAAUUGUUUUGGUUUCAACAGUAAAGCAAUAUGCAGUAGGUAUUGUGGCAUUAUCCUGUAAUUGUUUUGAAGAGAGGAUUGUCCCUUUCCAGCACAUAAUGAAAAUAAAUGCCUUAUAACAAGCGCUA